AUGUACCAUGCUCAAGAUGGUCCGUUCCUUGAUGGGCCACCUAUGCAGGUUGAAGAUGCUAAUUAUGUUAAUAACUCUCAAGGAGGUUAUCUGAGACAGAAUUACCAGGGUGGCUAUCAGAAUCAGAAUCAGAACCAAUGGAGACCUCAGCAAGGUCAGGGUGCCUACAACAACUCUGGGAACUACAACAAUAACUAUGGUGGUGCGAACCAAGGGGGCUACAACAACAGCAACAAUUUUGGGAACAAGAGUUCCAAUCCUUAUAUACCACCGAAAGGGCAGUCAUCAGAGCAGGGUAGUUCAAAAGUUGAAACAAUGCUUGAGAAGAUUCUAGCUAAUCAAUCGAAGUCUGAAAGGACUUUAUCUGGGCUGACAGAAACAGUGGGUUCUCACACAGCAGCUAUUCAGAAUCUUGAGUCGCAGAUGAGGGAUAUAUCCGAGCAGACACCCUCAAAGGGAGGACUUCCGAGUGACACUAUUCCAAAUCCAAAGAAUGGCGGAGGCGGUGUAGACAGUGUGUUUGCCAUCACUACUAGGAGUGGUAAAACAAUCCGAGGGGCUGAUGAGAAGGUGAUUGAUCUUGAGCCAAUAGAUGAUGAGGAUGAGGUGCAGUCUGAAGCACCCAUUGUUGUUGAUGAAAAUGCUACUGACAAGAAGGUUGCUGAUAUUCCGGAGAUUGCGAGACCAGCUGAAAACACGAGCAAGCAGCCUGUGAAAGGGGCUCUCCGCCCUUUGACCCAGCUUUUCAAAUCUACACCACCUUUUCCUCAAAGGUUGGUGAAGAAGAAGGAAGAUGCUAAGUUCGAGAAAUUUCAUGAUCAGCUGAAGCAGUUAUCUCUUAAUUUUCCCUUCUUGGAUGCUGUCAAGGAGAUGCCAGGCUUUGCUAAAUAUGUGAAGGAUUUGCUGACCAAGAAGAAAACGGUUCAACAUGAAACCGUAAGUUUGACUCACACUGUGAGUUCCAUCAUCUCAACCACUACUGUUCAAAAGAAGGGAGAUCCUGGGGCGUUCACCAUCCCUUGGUUGGGGAUGCCAAGGCCGACUACUAUGAGAUUACAGAUGGCUGAUAGGUCUAUCAAGAGACCUGUUGGGGUGGUUGAUGAUGUACUUGUGCGGGUUGGUGCUUUUAUGUUGCCCGCUGAUUUUGUAAUUCUUGACUGUGCUGUUGAUAGGGACAUUCCUAUUAUUCUGGGGAGACCUUUCCUAGCUACAGGGAGAGCUCUGAUGGAUUCGAAAAAAAAUGAAAUCAAGUUCCGAGUCAACGAUGAAGAAGUGACGUUUCAGGCCAGCAAAGGAAUGAAGUUACCAAGUGCUUACGAGAGCAUUUCGGUAAUUGAUUCGGUUGACGUUAUUGAUGAAGCGAAGGAGUUCAAGAUGGAAGAAGAAAGUUUGGGUGAAGCUCUAGCCGGUAUUCUCGUUAAUUUUGAUCUUUGA